GCGGAACAUCCCGCAAGCACAUCGGAACGAAACUCCGCCACGGUGGAGCCUCCAUCGCGCGUCGCCCGGGUCGCCGCUGGAGGAGCAGCGGCGCUCCGACACUCCGUGUGCUUAUGUUCGGACGCGCGGCGGCGGGACAUCCGGCACGGGGGAUCCGUAGGAGGGGACGUCGACGCGCGCUGCUUGAGCUUUGGGUAAAUAGAGCGCGGUGCCAACGGGCCAAGCGCACGAGAUGGACUUUAAGAGGACCAAAUUUGGAAGGUUCAUGAACUGCAGGGUCCCGGCCAGUAGGAGGUACCAGCCCACUGAAUACGAACAUGCUGCAAACUGUGCCACACACGGGUUGUGGAUCCUUCCCAGUCUGGUGGGCGGGUCUGUGCUGCACUUCCUGUCCGUGGACCAAUGGCAACGCCUGGCUGCCUGGCUCUACGGGAGCGGCCUCACCGGCCUGUUUGUCACCUCGACACUCUUCCACACCGCCGCCUGGAAAAUCAGCCACCUCCGGAAGGUGGAGCAGCGUUUCCACAUGUGCGACAGAAUGGCCAUCUACUUCUUCAUCGCCGCCUCCUUCUCUCCCUGGUUGAUGCUGAGGGAGCUGGGCCCCUGGACGUGCCACAUGCGCUGGCUGAUCUGGGUCAUGGCCGUUGUGGGAUCCACGUACGUCUUCUUCUUCCACGAGAGGUACAAGCUGGUUGAGUUGUUUGGAUACGUGGCCAUGGGGGUGCUUCCUGCUCUGGUCAUCCUGUCUAUGGUGGAGCGUGCGGGCGUGUGUGAACUGGCGCUGGGAGGGGUCUUCUAUGUGGUGGGCGCGGUCUUCUUUAAGAGCGACGGCGUGGUCCCUUUCGCCCACGCCAUCUGGCAUCUCUUCGUCGCAGCGGGAGCGAGCGUUCAUUAUUACGCCAUCUGGAGGUACCUGUACUUACCUGGGCCGCUGCUGCAGACAUCGAGGUGACAAGCCGCUCUCGCCUGAGGCUGCACGCCGCGUGACUGACCGAGAAAAGUCACUAAGUCACCGGGCUGUGUUUUGAAAACAAAUAAGCUGACCCUUGAGGCCACACCUGGAUGGACGGCGCUGACGCAAUCCGACCGACGGAUGGAGAUCAAAUGAAAAUCUUCCACUGUUGGUGCCAAAACCCUGGGACCAAACACCGCUACCGUCGGACUAAAAGUCACUUCAACAUGCUGAUUGUAGAGCAGCAAACAUACACUUGUUCCGUUAGAAGGAUAGUUAAGACAAUGUGCUCACACGGAAAACAAAUAAGCUCAAAGGAUGUCAAACUAUUCCUUUAAUCAGUCAUCUCAGUAACAGAUCUGACAAUCUACAGUCCGUCAUCACACCUACUGAACCCUUUACAUUACAUUGGUGCCAACUCACACAUUUUAAAGAUGUUGUCGAUUUUGCACAGCGGCUUUUGGUAUGAAGUAUGAAAAUAGUUGUUGAUUGUUACAACACGCAGCACCUUUGAGAAAACCAGUGUCAUAAAAGCUGUACACUGGCCCUUUAAGUUAAGAUGACAAAUUACUUUGGUGAUGUUUUCUGCAUCACGUCAACUGCACCUUAAUUGGUAAUUACUUCAUUUAGUCAAUCAUCUGCCAAUGAAUAGUUUGAACAGCUUGUAAUUUAGACUCACUUUGUUUGAAAGAUGAAAACACUAAUUUAAAGCCAGCCCUCCCUAACCUCUAGUGGUUAAACGCUUUCUGUUUUUGCAGAAAUAUAGAACACUUACUCAGGAAGUGAGCUUUUUUUCUUUUUGUUUUUAUAAAUCAAAGAUGAUCUAUUUUUAAAAAUUGUAUUUUCACUGAAUUAAAGAAAAGACUCUAA